AUGCAUCGUGGGUUUACAUCUAGUAGUCAAAAGAUUAAAGUACAUAAACCUAUUGUUGAACUAGAUGGUGAUGAAAUGACACGUGUGAUUUGGUCACAAAUUAAAGACAAAUACAUUUCUCCCUAUCUUGAGUUAGAUAUUGAGUAUUUUGAUUUAGGAUUACCUCAUCGUGAUGCAACGAAUGAUCAAGUGACGAUUGAUGCUGCUCAUGCGAUUCAACAACAUCAUGUCGGUAUUAAAUGUGCAACCAUUACUCCAGAUGAACAACGAGUGGAGGAAUUUAAGCUCAAGAAAAUGUGGCGUUCACCUAAUGGGACAAUCCGUAAUAUUCUCAAUGGUACAGUCUUUCGUGAACCAAUUGUGAUUUCAAACGUACCUCGUCUUGUACCUGGCUGGAAAAAACCCAUUGUUGUGGGUCGUCAUGCCUUUGGUGAUCAGUACAAGAGUACCGACUUUAUUGCUUCUGGUCCAGGAAAGUUUGAGGUUGUGUACACGCCUGCAGACGGCAGUGAGAAGACUACUCUUGAAGUGUAUGAUUUUAAGGGACCUGGCAUUGGUCUUUCCAUGUACAACACGGACGAGAGCAUUUAUGGUUUUGCCAAGAGCUGUCUAUCAUUUGCUCUAAGCAAGAAACAAGAUCUCUUCUUGUCUACUAAGAAUACGAUUCUGAAAAAGUACGAUGGUCGUUUUAAGGAUAUCUUUGAAGAGGUGUACCAGAGCGAGUUCAAGGCCAAGUACGAUGCUGCCGGUAUCUCAUACACGCAUCGUCUUAUUGACGACAUGGUUGCCCAGGCUUUGAAAAGCGAUGGUGGUUUUGUUUGGGCCUGUAAGAACUACGACGGUGAUGUUCAGUCGGAUAUCGUUGCCCAGGGCUAUGGCUCGCUCGGCCUCAUGACCAGUGUGCUCGUUGCCCCUGAUGGCAAGACGGUAGAGGCUGAAGCUGCCCACGGCACCGUGACCCGUCAUUGGCGCCAGUACCAGCAGGGCAAGAAGACGAGCACUAAUCCCAUUGCCUCGAUUUACGCCUGGACGCGCGGUCUUGCCCACCGUGGCAAACUUGACGGCAACCAGGAGCUUGUUGAUUUUUCUUUGAGCCUGGAAGACGCUGUGAUCAAAACGGUGGAGGCUGGUCACAUGACCAAGGACCUUGCGAUCUGCAUUCACGGCACUACCGUUACCCCAGACCACUACCUAUACACGGAAGACUUUAUGGACAAGGUCAAGGAAACUUUUGAUGCCACCCGCAAUUGA